UUAUUCUUUUCUAAAAAUAGAUUAAAAAGAAAAAUUGAAAUUGAGGUAGAGAAGAAGACAUCAUGGGAAGAAGCUGUCAUGGAGAUGAAACAUGGGAAGAACAGAACCAAAUCCAAGAACAAGAAGACGAAGAAGCUUUAUCUUUCUGUGACCUUCCUCUAAAAGAAACGCAGCCGCCUUUGAAUCUAAAUGAAACCCCGAUCAGAUCCUCCGCCGCCGUCCAAUCGGAGGACUUUGAUUUCAACCACUGCCCUCCGCCACUGCCGCAGCCCAUGUGCGCCGCCGAUGAGGUCUUCUUUCAAGGCCAUAUCCUCCCUCUUCGUCACUCUUUCAGCUCUGAAAAUUCCCACAAUAACCCCUUCUUUCCUAGAAAUUCCUCCACCAGGUCGGAGUCUUCGGAUAUGUUAAGGUUUAGAAAUGGAAGCACCAGCAGCAGUAGCAGUAGAAGCCAUUAUUCCCGAUCAUCAAGUCUUAGUAAUAAUUCCAUUUCAAUUCCGACGAAUUCCAAGCCAAGACCACACAACAACGUUUUCCACUCUCAUCCUAGUCCGACGCCCCAAAUCAGAUCCCAUUCAACUUCCGGCCGCCGAAGCCGGAGUUCAUCCCGGUGGGACUUUUUCCGGCUGGGUCUUCUCCGAACGCCGGGAAUGGAACUUCACGACCUCAAAACUCGCACUAACUCCUCCUCCUCCGCCACCGCCGCCGCCACCCCGGCGGCGCAUACAACAGCUGGCUCGUUUCUGGGUGUGGUGAGCUGCAAAAAAUCAGUGGAUACAGUAGCGGCGGCGGGGAAGAAGAAAAGGAGUGAAAAUGGAAAGGAAAAUGAAAAGGAAAGGGGAACGAGGGUGUCACAUCGUCGAACAUUUGAAUGGGUAAAGCAGCUCUCGCAUGCAAGCUCUGGUGACGAACAAUAAUCAUUCAUUCCCCACUUUCCUUUUCAAUUUCACUUUUCUAACUUUGGUGUUUUCAUUCAUUUUUUACUUACAAGUCAAGAAGAUAUCUCCAUCAAAGAUUAUUCAUGUAAAGAGUUCAUGGUGUUGUUUAACAAAUGCAUAGAUCAAUGAUGAAUUGAAUGAUGCUAUGAUGGUUUAUGAUGAGGGAAAUAGCUAUGAAUGGGAUUGUUAUG